AAAGGCUUCCAAUGGAAAGUGGAUCAUGAGGACUAUGGUAAUUGCAUUAAAAGCACCAAAUUCUCUCUUCACUUUCUCUUUAGGAUUUUUGAAUCUCUUAUCUUUCUCUCUCUCUCUCCACAACUACAAGACUCCUAUAACUGUAAAAGCAAGAGAGAAAAGAAGAAGAGAAGAAAACAGCAACUCUUAAAGAAUGAAAUAAAGAAGCAAAAAAAAAAAAGCUAAGUCAAUUGUUUAACACUUUCACUCUCUCAUCUCUCUCCUCUCUCAAAAUCUCUAAAAACUGGCAUUGGCCAUAUGAAAAAAUAUCCCCAUCUUCUUCUCCACCCUUUGGCUAUCUCUCUCUCUCUCUCUAAACUAUUCACUUACUCACUCACUCUUCUCCUUCCUCUGUAUCUGUUUCAUGCAAGAUUCAAAGACAUCACCUGCAAGUAGUAAUCAGCACCAAAUAAAGAAAAAGAAAUGUGUGAGUGUGACAUAAAAAAGGUGAUGGCAAACAGAAAACCUUGGUACCAGAGAGCUAUGGCGGUGGCGAGAUUCGCGACCAGUUGGAGAACUAUCCCUAAAUCAUCAUCAGAGAUUAAUACUCGCCCGUCUAGAAACCCUAGCGUGAACAGCAAGUCAUCGUCGAGUCAAAACCAAAACCAUCAGCUGAGGAAAUGCACGUCUUUGAAAGUAGCUGCGAAUUCGUUUACUAGGGUUUGUCUCUGCGCUCCGAUAGGUCCGUACGACGACGUUUUCCGAAACUAUGUCCCGCCGAGGAGAAGCACAAGCUAUCCUCCGUCGAAGCCUCUUCCGAUGGUGACGGCGAGGAUGAGUACGGAUUCAGGGAGGAGGAUGUUUUUUAGAGGGAAGUCGUUGAAGGAGAACGAGUUGAUGAGGAGGUUUGUGGUGGCGGAAGAAGAAGCGGUGAUGGAGAAUAGGAGGAGAGAUCAGAUGGAGAUUGUGAGGAAGAGGAAUCAGAUGAGGAGGAGGAAGAAGCUUGGCCCUAGUCCUCUUUCUCGUAUGGUUAUCGCUGAAGACCAUCAAGUUUUUCAUCUAUGAUACUUCUUUUUUCUUUUUUUUACAUCAAGAACAGAGGAAAAAAAAACUAUUCAAAUGAAGAAACGAGGAAGAAUUUUAUUUUUCUGUUCUUGUAAUUGUUUUUUUUUUUUUUUUUGGGGUUGAAUUGAGAGAUAGAUAAUUAACCAGAACACAAAUCCCUCAUGUAAAACGGUGCCGCUUUGUUUAUUUAGUUGUUGUUUAUUGUG